GCUGCUGCCUGCCCACCCCCCCCCUCACCCACCGGCACGGCACCGAUUGAAGACCCGGCCCUGUGUAAACCCACCUCGGCUCCCUGCCCAGGCCCGGGUUUUUGGGGGAAAGCCGCCGCCGUGCAGGUGAGGUGCCCGCCGUGCCCGGUGCUGCGGCGUGAGGCUGUGCUGCAGGCCGCCUGCUUUCCGCUGUGUCACUGGGGCUGCUGCCUAGGGCCCGUCACUGCCCUCCUCCUCCUCAAGGUUUACUCCAGAGUUGGAAGACAGAGAAUAAUAUAUUGUAUCCAUGUUUGGAAAAAGGUAGUUGCUGUAGACGAAGAGGAUUAACUCUGAUAUCACAGAAAGAUGAGUAUGUUAAAACCAAGUGGACUUAAGGCUCCUUCAAAGACCAUCAAGCAUGGGGGUACAUUACUGAAAACACCUGCAUCUGUUGCACCUGCUCCAGCAGAAAAAGCAGCUUCCAGUGAAAAGCCCGCAAGUACAACCACUGCAGACGCGCAUGACGAGUUUGUGGAUGAUUUCAGAGUUGGGGAACGUGUUUGGGUCAAUGGAAAUAAACCUGGCUUUAUUCAGUUUCUUGGCGAAACACAGUUUGCUCCAGGACAAUGGGCAGGGAUUGUUCUAGAUGAACCAAUUGGUAAGAAUGAUGGCUCUGUGGCUGGAGUUCGUUAUUUCCAGUGUGAACCCUUGAGGGGAAUAUUUACAAGACCAUCGAAAUUGACAAGAAAAGUGCUGACAGAAGAUGAAGCCAAUGGUACUCAGGCAGCUCAUGCAUCUAGAGCUACAUCACCAACUUCCACAUCGACUGUUAGCGUGGUGUCUUCGUCCCCUGCUGCGCUUCCACCGUCAGGAAUUCCACAAAAAACAACACUUGCUGCUAAGGAACAUUCAACUCCUUCUCAGAUUAGCAAUCUUUCAAAAACUGCAAGUGAAUCUAUAUCAAAUCUUUCUGAAGCUGGAUCACUAAAGAAAGGAGAAAGGGAGCUCAAAAUUGGAGAUCGAGUUCUGGUUGGUGGAACAAAAGCUGGAGUUGUGCGUUUCUUGGGAGAAACCGACUUUGCUAAAGGAGAGUGGUGUGGAGUAGAACUGGAUGAACCUCUUGGAAAGAAUGAUGGAGCUGUUGCUGGAACAAGAUAUUUUCAGUGUCAGCCAAAAUACGGCUUGUUUGCUCCAGUCCACAAAGUUACAAAGAUUGGAUUCCCAUCGACUACACCAGCAAAAGCGAAGACAACUGUGCGAAAAGUGAUUGCAACUCCCACAGCCCUGAAACGUAGUCCAAGCGCAUCUUCCCUGAGCUCCCUCAGUUCUGUGGCAUCUUCAGUAAGCAGCAAGCCAAGCCGUACAGGACUAUUGACAGAAACAUCUUCCCGGUAUGCAAGAAAAAUUUCUGGUACCACAGCCCUACAGGAGGCACUGAAGGAGAAGCAGCAACAUAUUGAACAGCUCCUGGCAGAAAGGGACCUGGAGAGGGCAGAAGUUGCAAAAGCAACCAGUCAUGUAGGGGAAAUAGAGCAAGAAUUAGCACUUGUUCGAGAUGGACACGAUCGGCAUGUACUGGAGAUGGAAGCAAAAAUGGACCAGCUACGAGCUAUGGUGGAGGCUGCUGAUAGGGAGAAAGUGGAGCUUCUCAAUCAGCUUGAGGAAGAGAAAAGGAAAGUUGAAGACCUUCAGUUCCGUGUGGAAGAAGAAUCCAUUACCAAAGGAGACCUAGAGCGAAAGAGGCAGAUUUCGGAAGAUCCAGAAAAUACGCAGACCAAACUGGAGCAUGCCCGCAUUAAGGAGCUUGAACAGAGCCUGCUCUUUGAAAAGACCAAAGCUGACAAACUCCAGAGGGAGUUAGAAGACACUAGGGUGGCCACAGUAUCAGAAAAAUCUCGCAUCAUGGAACUAGAAAGAGAUCUAGCAUUGCGGGUGAAGGAAGUAGCUGAGCUUCGAGGGAGAUUAGAGUCUAGCAAACACAUUGAUGAUGUGGAUACUUCUCUUUCAUUGUUACAAGAAAUAAGUUCUUUGCAAGAAAAAAUGGCAGCAGUUGGCAAAGAACAUCAGAGUGAGAUGAAUUCACUGAAAGAGAAGUUUGAAAUCAGUGAAGAAGCACUCCGGAAAGAGAUCAAAUCACUUUCAGCUUCAAAUGAGAAAAUGGCAAAAGAAAAUGAAUCAUUGAAAACUAAGCUUGAUCAUGCCAACAAGGAGAAUUCAGAUGUAACGGAGCUGUGGAAAUCAAAGCUGGAAUCUGCAAUUGCCUCCCAUCAGCAAGCAAUGGAAGAACUAAAAGUUUCUUUCAGCAAAGGUGUAGGGGCUCAGACAGCAGAAUUUGCAGAGUUAAAGACUCAAAUUGAGAAGAUUAAAUUAGACUAUGAAAAUGAAAUGUCAAAUUUAAAGCUGAAGCAGGAAAAUGAAAAGUCUCAUCAUUUAAAAGAGAUCGAAGCCCUGAAAGCAAAAUUAAUAGCAGUUACAGAGGAGAAAGAGCAAAACCUGGAAAGCUUGAAGACCAAACUGGAAAGUGUGGAAGAUCAGCAUCUAGUAGAAAUGGAAGACACUUUAAACAAAUUACAGGAAGCUGAAAUAAAGGUAAAGGAGCUAGAGGUACUGCAAGCCAAGUGCAAUGAACAAACCAAAGUUAUUGAUAGUCUUACACAACAGAUCAAAGCUUCUGAAGAAAAGCUUUUGGACCUUGAUGCACUUCAGAAAGCCAAUUCUGAAGGUAAAUUGGAAGUCCAGAAACUUAGCAAGCAGCUUGAGGCAGCUGAGAAACAGAUACAGAAUUUAGAGACUGAAAAGGUUGAUGAAAGUAGCAAGGCUAGUAAUCUGGCCAAAGAACUGCAGGGCAAAGAGCAAAAGCUUCUUGACCUUGAGAAAAACUUGAGUGCAGUAAAUCAAGUUAAAGAUUCUUUGGAAAAGGAACUUCAGAUUUUGAAAGAAAAGUUUACUAGUGCAGCUGAUGAAGCAGAAAACGUUCAACAAACUAUGCAAGAAACAAUAAAAAAACUAAACCAAAAAGAAGAGCAAUUUGCACUCAUGUCUUCAGAACUGGAACAACUGAAGUCUAAUUUGACUGUGAUGGAGGAGAAACUGAAGGAGCGAGAAGAGAGAGAACAGCAACUGACUCAAGCUAAAGUCAAACUAGAAAAUGACAUAGCAGAGAUCAUGAAGUCAUCAGGGGACAGCUCUGCCCAGCUUACAAAAAUGAAUGAUGAGCUACGGUUAAAAGAAAGGCAGUUGGAGCAAAUACAACUUGAGCUUACAAAAGCAAAUGAAAAGGCUGUUCAGCUUCAGAAAAAUGUGGAACAGACAGCACAGAAAGCUGAGCAGAGUCAGCAAGAAACUCUCAAGACUCAUCAAGAAGAGCUGAAAAAAAUGCAGGAUCAACUAAUGGACAUGAAAAAGCAAAUCGAGACUAACCAAAAUCAGUAUAAGGAUCUUCAGGCAAAGUAUGAAAAAGAAACUUCUGAGAUGAUCACUAAACAUGAUGCAGACAUUAAAGGGUUUAAGCAGAACUUGCUGGAUGCAGAAGAGGCACUGAAAACUGCACAAAAGAAAAAUGAUGAGUUGGAAACACAGGCUGAGGAGCUGAAAAAGCAAGCAGAACAGGCCAAAGCUGUCAAAAUGGCAGAAGAUGUUUUACAGACUGUGGAGAAGGUGACCAAAGAGAAGGAUGCCAUUCACAAAGAAAAGAUUGAAACUUUGGCUUCUUUGGAGAACUCUAGACAGACAAAUGAGAAGCUGCAGAAUGAGUUGGACAUGCUUAAACAAAACAACUUGAAAAAUGAAGAGGAACUUACUAAAUCAAAAGAGCUUCUAAACCUAGAGAACAAGAAAGUGGAAGAACUUAGAAAAGAAUUCGAAGCGCUGAAGCUGGCAGCUGCUCAGAAGUCCCAGCAGCUUGCAGCUUUGCAAGAGGAGAACGUGAAACUUGCCGAGGAGCUGGGCAGAAGCAGGGACGAAGUCACAAGUCAUCAGAAGCUGGAAGAGGAGAGAUCAGUACUCAAUAACCAGUUAUUAGAGAUGAAAAAGAGAGAAUCAACAUUAAAAAAAGAAAUUGAUGAAGAGAGAGCAUCUUUACAAAAAUCCAUCAGUGAUACUAGUGCCUUGAUCACACAGAAAGAUGAAGAACUGGAAAAACUCAGAAAUGAGAUCACAGUGCUUCGUGGAGAAAACGCUUCUGCGAAAACCUUACAGUCAGUGGUUAAGUCACUGGAGUCUGAUAAGUUGAAACUUGAGGAAAAGGUGAAAAACUUGGAGCAAAAGCUCAAGGAAAACAAUGAGCCAUUAACUGUAACUAGCCCCUCAGGUGACAUUGCUGCUAAUCUACUUCAAGAUGAAAGCUUGGAAGAGAAGCAGGUAUUUGGUCUGAAACAUCACCAUGCUAAACAGCACUGUGUCUGUAGGCAGGCUGAAAUAUUUUUCCAAACGCGGUUCCUGUCAGAUUUUGGAAAUCAGGAUUAAAAUGGGCAGAUUUUUCUUUUCACCUUGUGCAUCUGAGGGGCAACGUUAAUGGCAGGAAAUACUUAGAAUCAAGUGAUAUUGGAGAAAUGGUUUGUUAC